UUCAUACCAUUCAUGGAGUAUUCCUCCUACCUAUCCCACAAACCCUUAUUUUCCAUCUCCUACCACAUCUUCAUUUCCAUCUUUUCCAUGGGAACUCUUUACACCAUGUUACACUUGUGUUGGAUCAUCAUCACCAAGUUUGUAUCCAAAUCAUGGAUAUUCACCACAUCCACCUAACCUUAACUCAUAUUCAUCCUACUACACAUCAUCUCCAAGUCACUCAUCCAUCUUUUAAGAAAAACUCAAAAAAAAAAAUCACAAAAACCUUCUGAUUCACCCUUCUCUUUUAAUACCAAAUCCACACCCUAUUCUUUCCCAAUAUCAAAACCCACCGAAAAUCUUUUGCCACACGGGUCUCAAAGACCUCUGAUUUCAGCGAUGGGCACAACAUCAACGAAUAUGUCACCGUUUAUGGACAAGCAGAUAAUGGAUCUGAAUCUCUCUCACGGAUCUCCUGCUCCUUCCACCAAUGAUUUCAUCGACCUACUCAAGCUCCCUCGUCACCACCAACAACAAGUACUUGAAGAUGAUGGUGAUGAACAACAACACGAAGAAAUUGAUUCAUCAUUCACUCACAAUAACGGAAUCGAAAGUGACGAUAUCGUUCCUAGCUACGCUUUUCAACCGAUUAGUUCGCUCCCUGAUUUUUCCCCAAAAAACCCAAACCUCAUCCCGCCGAUCCCGCCGAACAUGUUAUCACCGGAGGCAAUAUCCUCUUCCCUCAGAUUCUUCAACUCAUCACUCGCUGCUAACCGAGUUCUCGCAACUCGGAACCAGGAAGAUUUGGAUGCUGAUUUGGAAGAUGGAGAUCUACAUGUAGAUGAGGAAGCUACUGAGCAUGAGGUUCAAGGAAGGAAAAAAAAAUCUUCUCAGAAAGUUAUAACCACUGCUAUGGUUGAUUUGUGGUUGAAAUCAAUUAAAGAAAAUGGGAGCUUAAAUGCGGUUCGUUCCUUGAUGAAGGCUUUUAGGGCUGCGUGCCACUAUGGUGAUGAUGAGGAGAAUGAGUAUAUGGAAAAGCUUAGUGUAAUGUCUAGUGAUGUGUUCAACAAAAUAAUGUUUAUCAUACUUAAUGAAAUGGAUGGAAUACUAAGAAAGUUGUUGAAGAUUCCUGCUAUCGGUGGAAGAAAACAGAUGGUAACAGAUUUAAUGACCACAAAACAAUGGAGGAUUUAUGGCCAUAUAGUGAAGUCUUACCUUGGAAAUGCUUUCCAUAUUUUGAACCAAAUGAAUGACUCGCACAUGAUAUCAUUUACUUUACACCGGCUUAAAUAUUCUUCAGUGUUAUUGGCUGCUUUUCCUUCGCUCCCAAGGAAAUACAUUAAGGUGUAUCUUCAUUUCUGGGGUACUGGUGGAGGUGCCCUUCCGGUUGUUUCGUGCUUAUUUAUGCGAGAGUUAUUCAUUUGUAUUGGAUGUGGCUGCAUAUAUGACUGCUUCAAAGGAAAUUAUAAAGCCUAUGUUUUGAAUUGCCAUUUUGUAAAUGCUGUGAAACUUAAACACAUUCGCUUUCUUAGCAACUGCGACAUUGAACUUCUCGGUGUGGAUCUUCCGAAUGCAUAUCAACGUGCCUUCAUUUUUAUCCGACAGCUGGCCAUGAUUUUGAGGGACACACUUAAUACAAAAAAUAAGGAAGCUUUUCGCAAGGUUUAUGAAUGGAAGUUCAUUAACUGUCUUGAACUUUGGACUGAUGCUAUCCGUGCUUACGGUUCACAAUCUGACUUUAAGCAACUUGCAUAUCAGUUGACCCAAAUAAUUUUUGGGUUAGCCCGUCUAAUUACCAUAGCUAGAUAUAUUUCCCUUAGGUUGAGAUGUAUCUCGAUGCUGAACCAGCUUGCUGCUUGCAUUCAAUCAUUUGUACCAGUAUCUAUGCUUCUUUUGGAUAUGCUUGAGAUGGAAAAGUCGAGUCGACCCCCUACAGGAGGUGUUGGCAAAGCUGUUGAUUUACGCAACAUAUUGAAGGUUAGCAAGCCGACUCUAAAGACACGAGCAUUUCAAGAGGUUUGUGUUUUUUCUGUGGUUGAAGAACUUGCGGAACACCUAGCACUGUGGAGUAAUUCUUUUCCGUUCAUGGAGUUGCCCUUUAUUCCAAUUGUGAGGUUGCGUCGCUUUUGCAAAUUGACCAAAGUUGAGAGGUUUCGAAGAGAAAUGAGACAGGUUCAAAAGAAUAGGAUGAUGGAGGAUGAGGUGAAACUUUAUGAGCAUGUGAUGGAUAGUUCAUAUAAGUCGUCGGUUUCGGAUUGUGUUAUACUUUUAAAGAGCAUCUCAGGAAGUGAUAAGCCGGAUAAAAUCACGUACUGUCAAAUUAUUUUCGGUCUUUGUAAGACGAGGAGGUUCGAAGAAGCGCAUAAGGUAAUCGAGGAGAUGCAAGCUUGCGAUUGCAGGUCUGAUAUCAAUACUUGGACCGUCUUGAUCCAAGGGUACUGUGAUGCCGGCGAACUAGACAAUGCGUUUCUUAGUCUUUAUAAGAUGAUGGAAACAAUUAUAAGUUGCAAAGGCCAUCAAAAUUCUAACUUGUUUACUACAAAUCUGGAUUGUCACCUUCUCCAGGGACAUUUACUAAUGAAUCCUAUAAUUUUCCCAAAUGUCAACAGGUUUCUUUUACAGAUUCAAAGUUUAUUGCUGGUAAUGAAUCUGAUAAUUCCUAUUUGAGCUACUUAAUAAUGGUUAAUCAUGAGAAGGUUGGGAAAUUUCUACAGCUUAUAGCCACAUUCAUUGGUGGUUUUGUGAUAGCAGUUACCAAAGGGUGGCUUCUUAAUCUUGUUACUCAAUGGGAUCCGGGAACAAUAUCUCCACUCUCAUAUUUAUUUUCGAACCUUGAGGACAAGGUUCAUGUGAACCCCGCGGCAAUGAUAGGGAGAUUAAUAGAAUAAUUGAUUAUUAGUUAAAUGAGUUUUAUUAGUAUUUUUAUGUAUUGGGAGUAUUUUAUAUUAUGAUGUUUUCUAGAAUUAGUUGGGCUUUAAUUAGUUAUUGGGCCUUUAGUUACUAUUCACUACUAUUAUAUAUGUACUCAUUGAGAGAUGGAAAAAUAAUCAAUC